AUGAAUUCGAGGAAGAUUAGUGUCUAUCUCAUUAAAGUCUCCAAAAAGAAUUUUCUGUCUGUAAUAUCUCAUUCUAUUCACUGUGUUUAUUCCCAUAACUUCUAUCAGAGCCAAAAGAGCUUACUUCAGAUGGUUAAGGCUGUACGGGCAGCUGAUGGAGUAAGAGGCUUUUAUAGGGGUAUAACUCCUGGAGUUACUGGUUCCCUUGCCACUGGAGCUACAUAUUUUGGUUUUAUAGAAUCCACCAAGAAAUGGAUUGAAGAAUCACAUCCUGGACUUGGAGGCCACUGGGCACAUUUUAUUGCUGGAGCUGUUGGUGAUGCACUUGGUUCCUUCGUGUAUGUUCCAUGUGAGGUGAUGAAGCAACGGAUGCAAGUUCAAGGCACGAGAACCUCAUGGAGCUCUGUUGUUAUGAAGGACAACAUCCCAAUGAAACCUGGUGGGCUAAUGUAUGAUUACUACACUGGAAUGUUUCAAGCUGGCUGUUCAAUCUGGAGAGAACAGGGGCUAAGAGGAUUGUAUGCUGGGUACUGGUCUACACUGGCCAGGGAUGUCCCCUUCGCUGGUUUUAUGGUCAUGUUUUAUGAAGGACUGAAAGAUUUGACGGAGCAUGGGAAGCAGCAGUGGAUUCCCAACUCAGCUUAUCGUGUUAAUAGCACCAUAGAAGGACUCGUAUUAGGAGGAUUAGCUGGUGGAAUAAGUGCAUACUUGACCACUCCCUUGGAUGUUGUUAAAACAAGAUUACAAGUGCAGGGAUCAUCCAUAAGGUACAAGGGCUGGUUAGAUACUAUUUGUAAAAUCUGGAUGGAUGAAGGUGCCAAGGGAUUUUUCAGAGGAAGCAUUCCCAGGGUUACAUGGUAUAUACCGGCCUCUGCUCUCACUUUCAUGGCUGUUGAAUUUCUAAGAGACCAUUUUAACGAAGAGAAAAAGAAAGAAGAAGUAGCAAGUUUUUCUAUAGAGAAAAAGGGAGCUUCUAUACAGGAGGUUGUUUAGCAACGAGCUAAUUUCGAUAGGGAGACGACUGCUGUAGUACCACAACCAAAUAUCUCAUGUCCGUAAUCACAACCCUCGAUUGAUGAAGCUGGUCGUGGACACAUAGGGAAACUGACAAAAGAUGAGCUUAGGGUGAUAAAGAGAUGGAAUUUUGUUUCGUGAUAGGGAGUAAAUAAUAGAAUUGUUCUGCACUUCUUUUUUUCUACAUUGAAAUAAAAGCUUUCACUGUUUUCUUUGAGAAAAUACUCUUUGGGGAAGAAGAGUUGGUGGUGUUUCUUCCUCCAGUUCUCUUUUUGUUGGAAUACCAUUUAUUUUUGUUCCA